AUGCAUCGCGUUCUGAUGAAAGAUGGAGACACAUCAAAUAAGGAUGUUCCUUAUAAUCAACCAAAGUUUUGUUCAUCAGCAACAUGGAAGCCUAAUGCAAAAACCUUUGCAGAUAGUAGCACAAUUGGUGUUAAUCCAUAUGGUAUAUUUAUCAAUACCAAGAAUACUAUUUACGUAGCUGACAGGGAAGUCAACCGCGUCCAAAUAUGGUUCGAAGGCGAUAUGAAUCCUACAAAAACAUUCUAUGGUGGUAUGACCAGUCCAUUUGGUAUCUUUAUUAGUGUUAAUGAUGAUGUGUACGUUGACAAUGGUAAUUUAGGUGUAGUAGAUAAAUGGAUUUGGAAUUCAACAAGCAGCACAACUGCAAUGUAUGUUAUGGGAAUAUGUCAUGGUCUUUUUAUCGAUAUUAGUAAUAAUCUUCAUUGUUCUCUUGGUGACUUCAAUAUAGUCAUCAAAAAAUUAUUGAACGACACUACAAAUACUACGACUGUGGUUGUGGGAAAUGGGACUAGUGGCUUAGAAUCAAAUAUGCUUAACAAUCCUCAUGGCAUCUUUAUCGAUGUUAACUUUAAUUUGUAUGUAGCAGAUCGUGAUAAUCAUAGAAUUCAACUCUUUCAACCAGGAGAAUUAAAUGCAAUAACAGUCGUAGGUGAUGGAUCAUUAAAUAUUACGAUUACACUUGCCUAUCCAACUGGAAUUGUUUUAGAUGGUAAUGGAUAUUUGUUUAUUUCAGAUACCAAUAAUAAUCGUAUUGUUGGAUCAAGUUCUGAUGGAUAUCGAUGUAUUGUUGGAUGUGAUGGUGGAAGUGGCUUAGGAUCUAAUCAACUGAAUGCUCCAUGGGGCAUAAGUUUUGAUAGUUAUGGAAAUUUAUUUGUUGCUGAUGCAUAUAAUAAUCGAAUUCAAAAAUUUAUGUUGGCAACAAAUUGUGGUCCUUCAUAUAAUCAACCAAAAUUUUGUUCAUCAGCAACAUGGAAUCCCAACGCAACAAAUUUUGCUAAUAGUAGUACAGUUGGUGUUAAUCCGUAUGGUAUAUUUGUCAAUACCAACAAUACUAUUUAUGUAGCUGACAGGCAAGUCAAACGCGUCCAAAUAUGGUUCGAAGGCGAUAUGAAUCCUGCAAAAACGUUAUCUGGUGGUUUAACCAGUCCAUUUGGUAUCUUUGCUAGUGCCAAUGGUGAUGUUUACGUUGAUAAUGGCAAUUCGCAUGAAGUGGAUAAAUGGGCUUGGAACGCAACAAGUAGCACAACUGCAAUGUAUGUUAUGGGAACAUGUCAUGGUCUUUUUAUCGAUACCAGUAAUACUCUUUAUUGUUCUCUUGGCGACUUUAAUUUAGUCGUUAAAGAAUUAUUGAACGACACCACAGGUACUCAGAUUACUGCUGCAGGAAAUGGAACCAGUGGGUUAGAAUCAAAUAUGCUUAACAAUCCUCAUGGCAUCUUUAUCGAUAUUAACUUUAAUUUAUAUGUAGCAGAUCAUGAUAAUCAUAGAAUUCAACUCUUUCAAGCAGGAGAAUUAAAUGCAAUAACAGUUGCAGGUGAUGGAUCAUUAAAUAUUACAAUUACACUCGCCUAUCCAACUGGAAUUAUUUUAGAUGGUAAUGGAUACUUGUUUAUUUCAGAUACUAAUAAUAAUCGUAUUGUUGGAUCGAAUUCUGAUGGAUAUAGAUGUAUUGUUGGAUGUGAUGGUGUGAGUGGCUUAGGAUCUAACCAGUUGAAUGCUCCAUGGGGCAUUAGUUUUGAUAGCUAUGGAAAUUUAUUUGUUGCUGAUGCAUAUAAUAAUCGAAUUCAAAAAUUUAUAUUGGCAACAAAUUGUGAACCCGAAACAACAACAUUUGCUAUAACAACUGCAAAUAUUGAAGAAGAAACUACUUAUGAUACAGGAUCAACCAUCAAUGAUGCAGUAGAAACUACUUAUGGCACAGAGCAAACUACAGAGAUCAUACAAGGAACUACGGAAGACACACAGUCAGUUACGACCGCCGAGCAAGAAAUUGAUUAUGACAUGGAAUCAACCAUGAAUGGCGCACUAGAAACUACAUACGAUAUGCAAUCAACUACGGAUAUUAUGCAAGCGACUACUGAUAAUAUAGAAUCAACCGCAGAGAUUCUAGAAGAGACCACUGAUAAUAUACAAUCAACUAUGUAUGCUGAUCAAGGUACUACCUAUGAUAUGGAG